ACAAUAGACCUCACACUCCAGAAAAAACCCACCAAAACCAUGGGCAAAUAGCUGUUUUUUCUGUCUUGCAAUCAACAACAAGCUAAAACUACUACUCCUCUUCCACCAAAACCAUCUGCCCCUUACCCUGAUUUCUCCACAAACGCCCACAUUAUGAUGAUUUCCGAUUCUCCCCUUCUAUACAUAUCGCAUUCCCCUGAUUUCUUACUACCAAAACCACCUCUUCUUAUCUUCCCCUUUUCUUGACCUUUUCUGCUUAUUACAAUGCUGAAUUAGAAACGCGGUCAGCAUCAAUCAACAAUCUGGUCAAUCACGAUUUGUCCCAUUCAUUGUUCUUAAUUUCCUAUUUUGACGCUAUAUGGCUCGAAAUGUCGCUCCACCACAAUUUACCACCAGCUCAGAAUCCCCAAAAUCCACACCACAUUCCGCCGCCGCAGCAGCAGCGGCACAGCCCCAUGGCGGCAUUGCCCUACCCCAAAUCGAAGAACCAGAGCUUGACGCUGAGCGACGACGACGAAUCGGGAUUCACGGCCGACGACGGGAAGAGGAGAGUGUCGCCGUGGCAGAGGAUGAAGUGGACGGACAACAUGGUGAGGCUUCUGAUCAUGGUGGUGUUCUACAUCGGCGACGAGGUGGGGGCGGCGGAGGCGGGGGAGGCCGGGGGGAAGAAGAAGGGCGGCGGGGUGCUGCAGAAGAAGGGGAAGUGGAAAUCGGUGUCGAGGGCGAUGAUGGAGAGGGGUUUCUACGUGUCCCCGCAGCAAUGCGAGGAUAAAUUCAACGAUUUGAAUAAGAGGUAUAAGAGGGUUAAUGACAUUUUGGGGAAGGGAACCUCUUGCCGCGUUGUGGAGAAUCAAUCGCUUCUCGAUUCCAUGGAUUUGGCGCCUAAGGUUAAGGAUGAGGUGAAGAAGCUGCUCAAUUCCAAGCACUUGUAUUUCAGGGAGAUGUGCGCUUACCACAACAGCUGCGGCGGUGGUGCGAUGCAGCAUUCUCAAUCGCCGCCUCCGACUGAGAUGAAUGCCGCCGCGUGCCUGCACGCUGCGGUGGAGAAAACCCCCAAUUUGAACAGAGGGGGUGAGGAUGGGACUAAAUUGCGGGAUGAGGACGAAUUCGAGGAGGAUGAUGUUGAUGAUGGGGAUGAUGAUGCUGAUGAUGACGAACAGGAGGAUGAUGUUGAUGAUGACGAGCAAGAGGAUGAUGUUAAUGAUGAGAGAUUGUCGUCGAGGAAGAGGGCGAGGACGAGGAAGGGGGCGGGGACGAUGGUGCCAUUGGCUCAGCAUUUGGAUGCGGAGAUGGCGAGGGAGGGGGGGAGGACGAUGGCGGAGAAGAGACAGUGGCUGAAGGGGAAGAUGGUGGCGCUGGAGGAGGAGAGGCUCGGGAUCCAUUCGCAGUCGUUCCAGCUGGAGAAGCAAAGGCUCAAGUGGCUCAAGUUCAGCAGCAAGAAGGAGAGGGAGAUGGAGAGGGAGAAGCUCAUCAAUGAGAGGACUAAACUUGAGAAUGAGAGAAUGUUGCUGCUCAUCAGGCACAAGGAGCUUGAUUUGAUGGAGCAUCAAUCUUCCAAUAAGAAGACUGAUCCCUCUUCCAUUACUGGAUGAUGAUGAUAAGAAAAGUUUUAAUCUUUUGUACAGCUGAUGGAUCGUUUGCUCUAAUUAGCUAUAGCUAUUUACACUACAUUUUACAAAUUUCAUAGUUAACUGCUUAAUUUAGGAGUUUUACUGGUCAAGGAAAAGAUGUUUUGUUUUCUUUAUUGGCAAUAGAUGAUAAUUGAACA